ACCUUCACAGAGAUCCACAGUGAUCGGUGUUUCAAUCACAAAGGUAAAGCAAAAAGAGAUCGUCUGGCUUGUAAGCUUGCUUGCGAAGGUUACUAAACAUCGUGCUCGAAAGUUCUUCAAAAGGGAUACAGGAAAUGGACGUUUCGAUGGAGGAAACUGACGAAACAGCUCGUCAAGAAAACUCCGACGUCGAGGAAGAGACGAUAGAAACCGAAGCGAGAGCGGAAUCCAAUGAAGAAAUGGACGAAGAAAACGAAUCCGAUAGCGACGAGGUAGACGACGACGAGGUAGAUGCCGAUGAGGCAGAAGUAAACUCUCUGCAAGCUCUCUUGAGAAAAAACCCGUAUGACUAUACCAGUCAUACAGCCUUGAUCAAGAAAUUGCAGGAGAUGGGGAAUGAGCGGUAUCGCUUGCUAGACGCCAGACAGAACAUGAGCAAUGCGUAUCCACUGAGUCCCGAGCUGUGGCUUUCGUGGAUACGCGAUGAAAUUGAACUGGCACUCACAGACGAGGACAAGGUCGAAAUAACACAGCUAUGUGAGCGUGCGGUCGAAGACUAUGUUUCUGUAGAAGUAUGGCUGGAAUACUUGCAAUUUAGCAUCGGAAACAUGGGCUCGGAAAAGGAUGCAGCUAAACACGUCCGCAAACUCUUUGAACGUGCACUAAUUGUCGUAGGCCUGCAUACCACUAAAGGAGCAAUAAUAUGGGAAGCAUUUCGAGAAUUCGAAACUGUUUUACUUGCACUGAUCGAUAGCGCAAAUCUAGCAGGAAAGAAAGACCAAUUGGGGCGUAUCGCUAGUUUAUUUCAACGUCAGUUAGCGUGUCCUCUGUUAAAUAUGGAAAAGACAUACGAGGAGUAUCAGUCUUGGCAUAUGGGAGAUGGCGCAGAAGCAACCAUUGAUGACAAUAUUAUUUCAGUAACAUACGAGCGGGCUUUUGCAAAAUUGAGCACGCUUCUUCCUUAUGAGGAGAAACUGAUCUCCGCGCAAGGCGAAAGUGAGCUGACCGAUGCUUACAAGGGAUAUUUACUGUAUGAAAAACAACAACGCAAUCAAGAUCGUAUUGUACUCCUUUAUGAAAGGGCGAUAACUGAUUUGAGCUUGGAGAUACCGAUUUGGUUGGAUUAUCUCAAUUAUCUCGAGGAUACAAUAAAAGAUGAGCUUGUGUUACUACCAGUCUAUAAACGAGCGUCAAGGAACAUUCCAUGGUGCUCGAAAGUGUGGCAAAAGUGGAUGAGAUCGUCUGAGAUGUGGGGAGAGCAUGCACAAGUACAAGAAUUAUUUGGGCUGGCCUUAUCCUCCGGGUUUUCAACAGCAAAUGAUUACCGAAACGUGUGGCUCACGUAUCUCGAACAUCAACGGCGCAGAAUUGAACAAUGUUCCGAGGAAGAGAGGGAAAAGUGUCUAGAUAUUAUUCGUCGUACAUUCGACAAAGCAUGCGAACGUCUGGCAAACGACUUUGGACUAGACGGCGAUCCCAAUUGCAUUAUCUUGCAAUAUUGGGCAAGAACCGAAGCAAUACAUGGAAAUAACAUGGAAAAGGCGAGAACAUUAUGGGCUGACAUUCUUUCACAAGGACAUUCUGCAACGGCAUCUUAUUGGUUGGAGUAUAUAUCACUGGAACGGUGCUAUGGGGAUACAAAACAUUUAAGGAAACUGUUCCAGAAAGCCUUGGCUUCCGUGAAAGAUUGGCCAGAAAGUAUAGCAAAUGCGUGGAUAGAUUUUGAACGUGAUAAAGGAACUCUGGAACAAAUGCAGCUCUGUGAAGUGAAAACGAAAGAGAAGAUUGAUAAAGUUAUGGAAGAGAGACAAAAAGAGCAGCAAGUUCCUAUCCUGAGCGAAUCUCGCGAGUUUACGCGCAAUAAGAAAGCCACCAAGAGAAAAUUAAGUGAUGAUACUGGUAAAUGGAAGCAUUUAGGAAAUUCUUCAACAAAAAUUGUGAAAUCCAACUUGCAAGCAAAAUCAAAAGGAGAAAAUCUCUCGGACACUGUCGGCGGGAGAAUAAACGAGAAAACUCAAGAGAAACCAAAAUCACUACCACCUCCUGGUUUUCAACCAGAGGAUAAAGAUAUGGAUGACAAAGAUAGUGAGCAUGAAAUAGACAGUAGCAUUACUGUUUUCGUUAGUAAUUUAGACUAUACGGUAACUGAAGACGAAGUACGAGAUGCCCUAAAACCAGCUGGAUCAGUAACGUCAUUCAGAAUGGUAAAGGAUUACAAAGGACGUGGCAAAGGAUAUUGUUAUGUACAGUUGAGCAGCGCAGAAGCCGUGGGAGAAGCUUUAAAAUUAGACAGAACGCCCAUUAAUGGACGUCCUAUGUUUGUUUCAAGAUGUAAUCCUAAUAAAGAUACUAGAAGUUCCGGAUUCAAGUACAGCUCUAGACUUGAAAAAAAUAAACUCUUUGUUAAAGGACUUCCGCUCACGAUCACGAAAGAAGAACUUGAGGAAAUAUUUAAAGUUCAUGGAAAUUUGAAGGAAGUCCGCAUGGUUACUUACCGUAAUGGGCACUCAAAGGGCUUAGCUUAUGUCGAGUACCACGAGGAAACGACUGCUGCGAAAGCCCUUUUAACUAGCGAUGGUAUGAAAAUACAGGAUAAAGUGAUUACAGUUGCGAUAAGUAAACCGCCCGAUCGUAAGAAAACUCAAACGGUGGAGGAAGAUAAGGAACAAGUAAAAUCAUUAGGCGGUACGACGACAAGCCGUACCACGUUUGGAGUACCCAAGACUUUAUUGUCUAUGGUACCUCGUAACGUUAAAGCUAACGUUAGUAACGGUAAUGGCAACACGAGUCGAACUGGGAACGGAGUUGCGCAGCCAAUGAACAAUCAAGAUUUUCGAAAUAUGUUUCUUAAGAAAAAAUAACUUGCUAUUAUAUAAUAAUAAUGAUUACACUGUAAUAAGUACUGUACAGUAAUAUUUUUCCUUAGUUUACUAAACAUCAUCUUGGUAUGAAACUUUCAUCCCAAGUUAGCCACUACGCUAAUUACAAUGCCUAACCGCAACUAAUUAAUACUAAGUUGCAGUUUCGCACUGAAUAGAUACAACAGCAUACAAGAAAAAAUGUAUGAUUAAAAAAUUGUCGAAAUUAUUAAAACUUUAGUUUUAUGUAUUGCAUUAGAUACUCGUAUAAAAUAUAUUUGAUUUUUUAUUUUUUCGAUGCACUACGUAAGAAUGUAAAAAGUUUUUCUUAUGCAUACAAGUGCACAUUUUCUAAAGCAUUUUGCGGUAUCAAGAGGUAUGUAAAAGAGGUGUAUACAACUUGGAGAAAGCUACUAAAAUUAUUGUACUAAUAACAGCAUUGUAGAGAUUAUGUAUCAAAACUGUUGUUAAUACACAUCGAUCCUUGUACGUGAUCAUGUCACGAAUAUAUAUCGCAAGAUAUGUAAAAUGUAAAAUAAAUACUUUUAAUA